UUGUUUACGUUUCUAUCUGUCAAAGAGAACAGCAGCAAAAAACACGACGACUGGAGCUGGAUUAAAUGGAAUUUAAUUUUGGUAUUAUUACUGAAAAAUGAUUUAUAAUCUUUACAUAUUUGAUAAAUUUGGAACGUUGCUGUACUACGGCGAGUGGAAUCGGCUGAAGCAGUCGGGAAUCACCAAGGAUGAGGAAUCGAAAUUGAUGUACGGAAUGCUGUUUUCGCUGAAAUCGUUCGUGAAUAAAAUCUCUCCGGUCGAUCCGAAGGAGGGCUUCCUGUACUACAAAACGAACAAAUACGCCCUGCACUUUGUGGAGGUUUCCUCCGGGCUGAAGUUUGUACUGAACACGGACACGACAUCAACUGGCAUUAAGGACUUUCUUCUCCAGUUGUACAGCAGGAUUUGGGUGGAAUACGUGGUGCGUAAUCCUCUGUGGACGAUCGGAACGCCGGUCACCUCGGAUCUGUUCAAAACCAAGCUAGACGAGUUCGUGAAACAGUCGCCGCUGUUUGGACCGAAAAUUAUUUAAGUAUAUGUUAUAUUUCAAUGAUUA